GCCAAGGUGCAAUCCCUUCUAAUUUUUCAUUUCUUUAUAUCUCCGAACUCCGAAGGGGCUAAAAAAGAAAGAGGACAAAAGGCCGUACACCCGGGCCAUACAAUCCAAAUCAAAUUUAGCUAGCAUACAGAUCUUGCUUGAUCCGACAAGGUUUUUCUGACUCUUUUACAAUCGAAGAAGAUUCAAGCUUAAAGGGCAGCAGAUGAUCCUCAUCUGAAACGUCUCUACUCGCCUUCGGAGGAGUUCCGAUCGCUUGAGGGGAGUAUGUGAUUGUGUAGUGUAGAUAUCUGAGAGAUUUGCUAGGGUUAGCAAAAUGUUGCAUGUUCCGGCAAGUAUAGAAGAACAGCUUAUGCUGAAAGCGAUCAGGGAAGAAUGCCCUUGGGAAAGCCUGCCGAAGAGGCUCCAAGCUGCUUUUAAUUCGGUUGAUGAAUGGCACAAAAGGAUAAGCGACCACUGCAUAAGGAGGAGACUCCAGUGGAAUGGUUGUUUUGCUCGGAAAGUAUGCAAAGAAGGGGAAUACUAUGAAGAGAUGAUGCGGUAUCUGCGAAGGAAUUUAUCAUUGUUCCCAUAUCAUCUUGCAGAGUACAUUUGCCGCGUGAUGCGAGUGUCUCCUUUCAGAUACUAUUGCGAUAUGAUAUUUGAAGUCAUGAAAAAUGAGCAACCCUAUGACAGCAUCCCAAAUUUUAGUGCUGCAGAUGCACUACGCCUCACUGGGAUUGGAAGAAAUGAAUUCAUCGACAUUAUGAACAAGUGCAGGUCUAAGAAAAUUAUGUGGAAGCUGAACAAAUCAAUUGCCAAGGAACAAUUGCCUACACAACCAGCAGACUUUCUAAUUGAGCCGUGGUGGGGUGUUUGUCUUGUCAACUUUACUUUGGAAGAAUUCAAGAAACUGACUGAAGAAGAAAUGGCCACAAUUGAUAAAAUUUGCAGGGAGGAAGUGAAUUCAUUUUUUCUUUUUGACCCUGAAGUGGUAAAAGGACUUUACCGGCGAGGAUUGGUAUAUUUUGAUGUUCCUGUCUAUCCUGAUGAUCGUUUUAAGGUUUCCAGACUUGAAGGGUUUGUUUCAAACCGGGAGCAGUCCUAUGAAGAUCCAAUUGAGGAGUUGCUUUAUGCUGUUUUUGUGGUGUUGAGUGAGAAUUCAACUGUUGCUGAAUUAGCCACAACUUUACAGGCAGACCUCUCUCAGCUUCAAGCAGCAGCUUCUUUUGCUUGCCGAUUGGGGUGGGCUAUAAAACUACUAGAUCCAGCAUCUAUUCUACAGGAUUCAACUGUACCUGGCUCACCCAAAAGCAUCACUAAUGACGAGGAUGAUGGUUCUCGUGCUCCUCUGGGCUCUGCAAAUGUUCUCAGUGAUGGUAGUGGCUUCGUGCAAGGAGACAUUCCUUGGACAGAAAAUCAAUGUGUGGCUUCUGGUUAUACUCGUGUUGCUUUUCUUGUGGAUGCUAAUAUCACUUCAUAUCUUAUGAUGGGAUCUGUUUCACCAGGUCUAAAAUCUCAUGCUGUGACACUAUAUGAAGCAGGGAAACUUGGUCAUGAUAGCAUUGCAGAUCUUUGUAAUGAUUUGAGUACACUAGAGGGAACCAAAUUUGAAGGAGAACUGCAGGAGUUUGCGAAUCAUGCUUUUAGUCUCCGGUGUGUCUUGGAGUGCUUAACAUCAGGUGGGGUUCAAACUGAUAGAGUUAAGGAUGAAGUUCUGUCUUGUACUAACCAUAAGGCAACCACCUCGAUGGUGGGAACUCCAUCAACCACUGAAUCAGGAGAUUUAACUACAUCUGUAUCUGAACUAAAUGCUGAUGAUUGUGAUUAUAAUGAACCUCCCAAAGGUACUACGGAUGCUUCUGAGCGAGUCAGUAGUCUUGAUGGUGAUAAUCCAUUGGAGACUACAGCUGAAAAUGGUGACAAUUUGGCCGGGGAUCCUCAAUCAGAUCUUAGUUCUCAACUCGAGGAAAAAUUGGUAACUACUGAAAGUGUAGAAGUUGGGAAGGGAAUGAUGACACAAAGAAAUUACCGUGUUGAUGUUCUCCGCUGUGAAAGCCUGGCUGCUCUCUCAGCAGGAACUUUGGAUCGUCUGUUUCUCCGUGACUAUGACAUUGUUGUAUCCAUGGUUCCACUUCCUCCCUCUGCAGUUUUGCCUGGGCCGAAAGGUCCUCUUCACUUUGGGCCUCCUUCCUAUUCCUCUAUGACUCCCUGGAUGAAAUUGAGCCUAUAUUCAGCUAUGCGGUGUGGACCUCUAUCAGUUGUUUUAAUGAAAGGACAAUGCUUAAGGAUGCUUCCAGCACCAUUGGCCGGCUGUGAAAAGGCCCUUAUAUGGUCUUGGGAUGGGUCUUCUGUUGGUGGGUUAGGAGGAAAAUCCGAAGGAAAUUUAGUUAAAGGCGGUGUACUUUUGCACUGUUUGAAUUCCCUUCUCAAAUAUGCUGCUGUGCUUGUCCAGCCUCUUAGCAGAUAUGACCUUGAUGAGGGUGGAAAAAUUGUUACUUUGGAGAUUCCCUUACCAUUGAUGAACUCUGAUGGCUCAACAGCAAACAUAAAGGAGGAAAUGGGAUUGCAGUCUGAACAAAUUUUCAAUUUGAACUCUCUUUUAAGUGAUCUUGCAAAUAAAUUGAAUCUCUGUAGCAUUGGUUAUAUUCGCUUAGUAAGGCUUUUCAAAGAAAGAGUUUCAGAAAGUUUUGCAGAUGACACCAAGUAUGAAUGGGUUCCCAUGAGCGUAGAAUUCGGUAUUCCACUAUUUAGUCCUACAUUAUGCAGUAACAUAUGUAAAAGGGUUGUUUCAUCGCAAUUGCUCCAAAUGGACUUAUUUACUAGGCAUCAUGAUGCCAUGCAAGAGUUAAGAAAAACGUUGCGGAGUGUGUGCGAUGAAUACCGAGCAACAGGCCCGGCAGCACGACUACUUUACCAAAAAGAGCAAACCAAGGAAUCAUCACGGCAGCUAAUGACUUAUGCAAGUGGAAGGUGGAACCCUCUUGUGGAUCCUUCAUCUCCUAUUUCUGGAAGCAUGAGUGAACACCAUAGGUUAAAGCUUGCUAACAGACAACGGUGCCGAACAGAAGUUCUGAGCUUUGAUGGCAAUAUUUUGAGAUCUUAUGCUCUAACUCCUGUAUACGAGGCUGCUACCAGAGUUGUUGAUGAAUCUACCUCAACAAGUAGUCUUAAGGUCGAGUCAGAUGAUGCUGAGAGUAAAGAAGUGAUUCAUCCCGGUGUCAAUCUUAUAUUCGAUGGAUUUGAGUUGCGCCCGUUCGAUAUAGGUGCUUGUCUACAGGCUCGUCAACCCGCUCUUUUGAUUGCCGAGGCCACUGCCGCCUCAGCAAACUCUACUGUUAAAUAGAGGACUUUCUGGAGUCUCACAUGGUAAUCUUAGAUUCUUUUUCCUCUCUAUCGACCCUGGGAAGUAUGCGGCGUUAGUGUCUUGAGAGGAAAUGCUAAGGGGUGUUUUGGAGCUGUAAAGUUGUGUUUACUGGAAGGAAAAAAUACUCUCUUUUAUUGGGACUUCAUACGAUCAGCCUGGUUUGGGUUUCUAUACGUGGCCUUGAUGAUUUUGUAAUUCUAUUGAAAGUGGAGUAGAUAAAGUAAAUUUAGAGCAUUGAUUGAUUCUCUCCGAUGUUGUUAGAGUAUAUGUUGGAGAAAUAAGGCCAACUUUAAGACCUUUUCACUCUUCUAGCGUGGCUUUACUUUCCACUCCAAGUUCAGCAAUAAUGGGUGAAAGGGGAU